AUGGACCAUGAAUCCGCCUCGCCUGAGGAGAGGAGGGCAGUUCACAGAUUCCACAAUGAGUUGUUGCAUCUGGUCAGCCUGAUGUACGCACUAAUGAUCAAGCACCUGCGCCAAGACUUUGACCUGUCCACCGUCUACACACAUGACAUGGCCGGCAAGCCGCCGUACAUGGAUUCGAACGUGGGUGUUCACGGCUGGAGCCGCUGGGAGGUGUUCAUGGCUCGUGUCUUGGCGCUUAACGACCUCUUUAAAAUCCACAACCCGCAGCAGCAAGCCGAAAUCCCGGUGAUAGGAGGGCUGCGGGACGAGGAGUGCGUGCGGUUGGCAGACCUGGUGCCCACUCCGGCAAUGAAGGGCGGACAUGGAGUCCUCGGGAAGCGUUGGGGCAACAUUCUGGUCUUGGCUUGUGCGUGUUUUUCGCUGGAAGGUCGCGGUGCAGCCGUCAACGGCGCGCGGCCGUACGCGGUGUUUGCACUCAUUUACCAGCUUUACAUCAGGCGCAUUAAGGAGGGUGGCCUGCAGACGCACCCGCCGCUGGUGGCGAGGCUGGGGGGCAUAGCAGAGGAGGGCAUGGCAGCAUUUGGGCACUGUGCCAAGCUCGCGAACACCCAAUUUCCCUUCGCCUGGGCCCAGGUGGUCAUGGCUUUCCUAGCAAUUAUGAUGUUGCUGCUGCCUUUUGUGGUGACCAACUUCGUUGAGGAGCUGUGGAUGGGCGUCGUACUGUCGUUCGUUGUCGUACUAACGUAUUGGUCACUGAACGAGGUGGCAUCGGAGAUGGAAGACCCUUUUGGCUUUGACCCCAACGACCUGCCUCUGGCCCGAUAUGCCUUCGAUUUUAAUCAGGUGGAAUGCGGGGGUUUCAAGUUCACAUUUGACUUCCUCAAGUCUUGGGGAUGGUCACUGGGAUCGGGCGCGGAGGACAGGGGCAUACUGGUUGCUGUGCAUCAAUUGCGGCCACCGUACUUUGACGAGCUUGACAUCGUGGGCCCCCGGGGAGACCAACAUCAACAGCAGAGUCACCAGUAG